CACUCGCAGGACGACAAACUGAUUGGGAUCUUCCCCAUACAAAGGGCCUGCUCUGCACCCACCCGCACACGGAGACCUGCUGGCGACCCUCUCCAUAUACCCGUCUCUUUACAUGUAACUGCUGGCUCUGCACCACCUUUGGAUAGACCUUUAAGAUCAGGUCUCCUCCCAAAUCAGCCGCGGCGAACUCGUCUGAUCGGUUUUUGUCGGACUGACCGUAUUGAGCAAGAACAACCAUUUUCGUGAUGCAGGCCAUCACUUCUCACGCGCCCUCGGAGAUGCGCGGAAUUCUCCGACACAAACCAAACAUGCUACCAUCACACAUCAACCAUACCCGUCCUAAAUCCGACUUUUUCGAGACCGACUUCGAGGACGGAAGCGAUGACGACGAAUACUAUGAUGAGCCAGCAUUUGGAAAAGCGAGCUUCGAAUCGAAUGAUGACCGAAGGAGAAGUCAGACCACCGUCUCAUCCUACAACGAGGUUCCAACACCGGAUCCGGUCGUCACCGAAAAUGACCAGUUCCAGAUGAGAUUCACACCCGUGCAAGGCCCUUCUGGUCCUCACCUCUUCCGCUUCUCCUCCGCGUCCGCCGAGUUUGACUUCAAGAAUGCGCUACAGAUGUCGCCUAUUAUCGGACCGAAAUCCGACCCUUUCCCGCUUGAUGAUGAUACAUUUGUCCCGAAUGCAACGCCAAGCACAGCCACAUUUCUCGGUGGCCUGUCAUUUGAAGCUGCCUUCGAACAGACUGUAGAUGAGUUCCUAGAUGACCCUGAGGCUCACAUUAAGUCGUGGUCCACCCAAGAGGUCAUCGACUGGAUGUACGACACUGGUCUUGAUGCAAGUCUCAUCGAAAGCUUCGCGCAUCACGACAUCAACGGAACCGUCUUACUGGACUUGGAAUUUGAAGAUUUGAAGGAACUAGACAUUCAAUCAUUUGGCAAGCGCCAUCAGCUCUGGACUGCUAUCUGUUCACUCCGGGGUGACGACGACAAUGCUCGCCUUCUUCAGAACGCUAGCCACGACACAAGCAGACCCGGUAGCAAAGCCUCCAGACGAUCAGCGAGCCGUACCCGAAGCCGACAAAGCGGCGGAUCUCCCGUCGAGAGUGAGCCGCUAUCAGCGACUCGACCCGAGUCGGCAGGCGCCAGCGCCCGCCGAGGGCGCAUAGAGUCAGACGGCGUCGACAAUGUUCUCCCAGCGCAAGCAGUCUCGAUCGUCGCGAUCGAACAACUUCUCCCGAAGGCGCAUCAAUGCGCAAAGGGCGAGAACUGCUCGAAAUGGAGAAAGCAGCAAAGACAGCUCAAGCGGCUAAAAGAGGAAUAUGGGAUCACUAGGCUCCCAACAGAUACAGCUUACGACGGCCGCAUUGUCGUUUCGGGCAAUUGCGACAGCCCUGCGAGUAACGGAGAAGUUCACAUCACCAACCCACAUCUUUUACAGCCGUCAGUGCAGGAAUGCAUCGCCAACAUUCCAUUCCGCCCAACCUCCGAAGCCAUGCCAUCCGUGGUUGCGUCAUCGGGUCUGUUCGGCCUCGAUCAAACUCCAGAAUUUGCCAUUCACCAAGGCACGCUCGGCCAGCUAGGCAGCAGAGACCCGCAAGACAAUGUCAAGCAAUUCCUGAACUUUCAACACAUGAAUUCUCCGCUCGCACCACCAGUUGACGAUUUCCCGCUCACUUCGCCGACCCUGGAGAUGUUCCCGACGCACGUGCUUGCUCCCUUCCCAGCAGCACAGUCCUACAUUCCUGAACCGUCACCGGCCUCGCGUGACCAACCUCGUGCCCUACCUAAGUUGAACAUCCCUCGCUCCGCCAGUGCAGGACCACAGGUAUCUCAGCCUUUACAGUCGGCUGAGUCGCUCUCAUCGCAAGAUGAAUCACCGUCUCCCGUCGCCGCUUCCAUUUACCGUCUCGGCACACCUGCGUCUGAGAUGGACGUUCCGUAUAUCGCUGCGCCGAUGGUCGCGCCUGCUCGGGACGCCUCGCAGUCAGUACCACCGAACAUGCAGUUCAACCAACCAAAGCGCCUGAGCAAUUCCCGCACAAGCAAACAAGAUUGGCGCCGCCCCUCAAUGACUCUUCCCGCCCUUAAGGAAGGCGAGGUCCUACCCUCCCAAGAGCAACGUAAACCUAGCAAUGAGCUCGCCCGCUCCAAGUCGACAACACGGCGACGCACUUUAGACCCGGCCAAAGAUGAGCCCGAGACCAAGCACUUUGGCUAUGGACCGGAUUGUAGCCAUGCGGGAUGGAUGCGAAAGCGCAAGACCAAAAUGCUCCGUCACGAAUGGCAAGAGUCUCACUUCCGGCUCAAGGGCACUCAGUUGGCAAUGCACGAGAACGCUCGUCUGUCGUCGCAGGCUCGCGAGACCAUCGACGUCGAUAAGUACGCUGUCGCCUGUGCUACCGUCGCCUCAAACAGCAAGCUCAGCGCUGCCAUGAAGGUGUUCCACAUCAAGAUGGCGGACAGCGAGAAGAGCAAAGACAAAGACGACACCGCUUUCGCCUUCCAACUCGUGCCCAAUGCCGAGCGUAAGCUGUUGGCAGGUCCCAGCCUGGCUAAGACCCACCACUUUGCCGUCAACUCCAAAGACGAUCGCAUCGACUGGAUGCGUGAGCUCAUGCUCGCCAAAGCCCGUCAGCAAAAGGGCAACGGCUACGAAGUCCAGGUCAACGGCCAGGCUGUUGAGGCCUAACCGAACAUUUGGUCUUCUCGCUGUACGCAACAAUCACGAUGGCAUCCCCCAACUCAUCUUUCAGCGCAUUGCAUCAUAUUUUUUUUCUACUAGCCUGGUCUCCGAUACCACGGCUGCUACAUACCCGACUGCAAAGUCCCCACUUUUGUCACAUCUUUGGCGCCAUCACUAUACCCCUAUGCUUGAUCUUUUUUUGCAUUUAUAUCAUUUACGUAGCUAUCGGAAAGGAAGGGCACGGCAAAUGGACACAUGCCAUUUUCAUCAUCUAUCCUUGUUGGAAUUCACAGUUGAAUUGGGCGAUUAGCGAAUGCAGAAAAAGGACGAAAAACCUACAGCCCUGACUAGACGCCACCUCACGGUGGAACUCGGCUUGAUGCGAUUUGAGUUUGUACAUACAGACGAAUAAAAACAAGAUGAUCUUCUCCAUUUGCU